CAGUCAAUUAAAUUAAAUUAAAUAAAACAAAAAGGGUACCACCGCAAGCGGAAGAAGCCUCGCCGCCCGCCGCUCUCGCCUCGUCUCGUCCCCGGAGCGCACGCACGUCAGAUCAGGUGCGCCGCGCGCCCCUCACCGACGAGCAUCCAUCCAUCCACCAGGAACGAUGACGGGCUCCAUGGAUCUCCCGGCCAAGGGCGGGUUCGACUUCGACCUGUGCCGCCGGAACAACAUGCUAGAGAAGAACGGGCUCAAGCUCCCGGGAUUCCUGAAGACCGGGACAACCAUCGUCGGCCUCGUCUUUCAGGAUGGGGUUGUUCUUGGGGCAGACACAAGAGCAACUGAGGGCCCUAUAGUUGCUGAUAAGAACUGCGAAAAAAUCCACUUCAUGGCGCCCAAUAUAUAUUGCUGUGGAGCAGGAACUGCUGCUGACACAGAGGCUGUUACAGAUAUGGUAAGCUCCCAGCUACAGCUUCACCGCUAUGCAACGGGCCGUGAAUCAAGAGUUGUAACUGCUCUUACACUACUGAAGUCACACCUCUUCAAGUACCAAGGCCAUGUCAGUGCUGCCCUUGUUCUUGGUGGAGUGGAUUGUACUGGACCACAUCUACACACUGUUUAUCCACACGGCUCCACCGAUACUCUUCCUUUUGCAACGAUGGGCUCUGGUUCUCUUGCUGCAAUGUCAGUGUUUGAAUCAAAAUACAAAGAAGGGCUUACUAGGGAGGACGGAAUAGAACUGGUGUCCGAUGCAAUCCGCGCUGGUAUCUUCAAUGACCUUGGCAGUGGCAGCAAUGUUGAUGUCUGUGUGAUAACCAAGGGAAAGACAGAAUACUUGAGAAACCACCAGUUGCCGAAUCCCAGAACUUAUGCUAGCUCGAAGGGAUUUAGCUUCACCAAGGGGCAGACUGAGGUACUGUCCACAAAGAUCACACCUCUGAAGCAGAAGGUUGAGGUCGCCGAGGGCGGGGAUGCGAUGGAGGAAUGAUCUUGUGUGCUUGCUUUCAGACUACUAUGAAUUUGUGUUACUUUGAUUAGUGGAGCAGCUAGAACAAGGAAAAAAAAAAGAAAUGAAGAUCUUUGUUGUACUUGCUGGACCGAAACCAGACUCUUAUGCCAAAGGUGUUUCUAAUGUUUGACACAUUUUAAAGUGCUUGUUGUUUCUGAAUGUCUAAAA